AUGGCAGGACCCGAUAUCGACGCUGCAACCACCACAAUCGUAGCAGAGGCCCCACCUGACAGCAAAACCAGGCGAUAUGAUCGUCAGCUUCGGUUAUGGGCAGCUUCCGGACAGAACGCGCUCGAAUCAUCACGUCUCCUGGUCAUCUCUGGCACCGCUACCUCGACAUCAGUCCUUAAAAACCUCGUUCUCCCAGGGAUCGGCCACUUCACGAUCCUCGAUCCUGCUAAAGUGACUCCAGAAGAUGCGGGAAAUAACUUCUUCCUUGAGGGACCAUCGAGCAUAGGUAAAUUUCGCGCGGAAGAGGCGGUGCGACUUCUAGGCGAGCUGAACGACGGCGUUGAGGGAAAGGCUGACCUGAGAAGUUUGGAAGAAGUCUUGGAGAAGGAUAAGGAUUGGCUCACGGAAUUCACCAUCGUGAUCGCCCACAACUUGGAGGCGGGAUUGCUCGAGAGAUUGUCUGCGCUUUUGUGGGAAGAUGAAUCUUUCCCUCCUUUGGUCGUCGUCCGAUCAGCUGGAUUUCUGGCAGAAUUUUAUAUCCAGUUCCACGAGCAUGCUGUUAUCGAGAGCCAUUCUGAAACUGCGUCGUCAUUACGAAUCGAUAAACCCUUCCCCGCUCUCCUCGAUUACUCAGCCUCCCUGGAUUUCGAAAACAUGGAUGUGACCGACCACGGACACAUACCGUACGUCUACAUCCUCGUCCGCGUGCUUGAAGAAUGGAAGAAAUCGCACAACGGCAAUCCCCCAUCCAGCUACGAUGAGAAGAAAGAGUUCAAGAAGAUUAUCGUCGGCAUGAAGAAAAAGAUUGACGAAGAGAAUUUCGACGAAGCCGAGGCCCAAGCUUAUCGUUGCUGGACAUCCAGCACCGUUCCCUCUGAAAUCCGCGCUCUAUUCCAAGACCCCAAGGUGAAAUCCUUGACACCAAAGUCUGCUCCAUUCUUCCAUCUCGUGGCGGCCCUCGCCAAGUUCACAGAAGAACAACCGCCGAAUACCCUACCCUUGACAAGCACACUUCCAGACAUGAAGGCGAGCACCAACUCGUAUAUAUCUCUGCAGAAACUCUACAAAGCUCGCGCUGAAGAGGAGAAGACGCUCUUCAAAUCCUAUCUGACUGUGCCAGUAGAUGACGCGACCAUUGACGCAUUCGUUAAAAACGCCCACGCAUUGAAGUUGUUGAGGGGCAAGAGAUGGGGAGCCUUGGAUAAAAACCCAAGUGCGCUAGUGGCUGCCGUCGAGUCAGCGCCCAAACAGCUCUCCAUCCACCUAUCUCUAUCCGCGCUCUCAUCCCUCUCUACAAAACAGCAGCCGAACGCACCGCUUACCGUCACAGUCGAGGCUCUCGUCGCCGAGGCACAGGCUCUGCUCCCCGCUGGCACUGAUCUCCCAGAAAACUUUGCGGAAGCCGUUGGAGAGAUUGUCCGAGCACCCACUGCGGACUUGCCUAACACAGCAGCUCUUUUGGGGGGCAUGGUUGCGCAAGAAGUCAUCAAGAUGAUCACGAAACAAUAUAUCCCUAUAGACGGGUCCUGUCUUAUCGACCUCAUCGAAACCUGGACUGGAGUGUUCUAG